GCCAUAGGAUUAAAAAUAAGGUAUCAGAGUGUUUCGUCAUUAUGGAAUGUCUGCUUCCAAUAUCCGAGAAGCCCGGGCCUUAGUGGGCGUUCCAAGCGAGUCUGGUUUGAAAACCCAUCUCGAGGACUGUGACAAACUUAAACAGACCCUUGAUAAUGAUGUGCCAUACCUCAAUGUCGUGCAAGAUAGGUUGGCUGACGGGUUUUCGUUUUCAAAAGAGGCCUGCCACGACGCGACGCUAGAAUCAAUGGCAACUAUCGCAAAUGAAGAAGAUCAAAUUCGUCGUUUCAAAACUGGAAUUGGGAACAUUAAAGGUGUGGCUGACCAUGUGUCGGGAACAUACUGUGCCAUUCCUUCACGCACAUACGAGCAUGGAGCCUUAUUUGUAAUGGACUGGGCGCUAUUGAAAGUACUAGGUAACCGGCUUGAGAGCAAUGGCAUGCAAACAUAUGGUCCGAUACCGGAGAAUUUUCCAAGGGUCAACGACGACACGCUGCAUAGCGAGGGCGUAUGUACGCCCAGAAAAAAUACCGAAGUAUUCAAAGUUGGCAGGACGACCGGCUAG